UUUAUGGUGUUUAUAGUGUUGAUCAAUCUUGGAGUCCCUACAGAGUUUAAUCAACCCUGUGGGGUUGGACCUUCAUCUGACCUUUCCGACCAACUUCCCAGCAAAAAAGUGAAAGGAGAACCUCCCUCCGCUUGCUGACCAGCCCUCAUUUUCUUCCCCGCUAAAGACGAGUGCAAAGAAACCGCACGGGGAUUUAAAGUCAGUGUGGAUCUCAUUGAAGCAUAAGUGUGACCUGUUUGCAGGGUGAAGCUGCUGGAAGUCAGUUUAGUUUAGUUUAGGUUUUGCUCUCCACAAUUUCCUUCAUAUUUCCAAUUCUUUCACUGCGUCAUCAUCUGCACAAACUGGGUUUAGACGCGGUUGUGAAUCGGAUGCAAAGAUGAGUGUUGAGUACCGCUCUUCUACCGUGACAAACAUGGACACUGAUAACAGUAAAGUUGGCUAUUGCCAACUUUUAGGAGAUGGCAGCAAGUUCCGGUAUUCAGUUCAUGCAUUAAGAAACAGCCCCUUCAGGGCCGCUACAGUUGGUCUUGGGCUGCUGUGUGUUCUCCUGUUGGCUGGGGUCAUAGGUCAGAGUGUCCACUAUCAAAAUGUAAAGCAAGACGAUCAAAACAACCUAAAAUCUGCGAGUGACGAGAAAGAGAAACUACAGGAGAACUUAAAGAUGCUGCAAAUGGAAAAAAAAACACUUCAGACGAGCCGUGAUGAGUACGAGCAAAAAAACACUUUCUUGACAAAAAAGAGAGAACUGAUACAGACCAACAACAAUUUACUGAAGGAGGAAACAAACAAACUUAAAACUAGCCAAAGCCAGUUGCAGGCCAGUAACGCCGCUUUCAGCAAAGAGAUAGAAGAGCUGAAAGCCAGUAAAAACCAGUCAGAGACUAAAAUCAAUGACUUGUCUGCUGCCAAAGCCUAUUUACAAAAGCAAUAUGAUUCAGCAAUCAAACUCAAAAAUGAAGCACUGACCAGCCACGACUCACUGACCAAAGAAAGGAACAAUUUACAGAACCAAUUAAAUAAUGUAACCAGAUUAAAAGAUCGCCUGCACUUGAGUUACAGUAACUUGGUUCAGAAGGUGGAGCAUUUGCAGGACAGAUACAACUUCUCUAACAGUGAAAAGGAGAAGAUAGAAAGCCAUCACCAAAACCUGACCAUAUCAAAAGACACUCUGCAGGCCUCUUACGACCUGCUGGUGAAAGCCGCCGAUGAGCUGCGUGCUUCUCACACCUCCUUGGUUCAGGAAAAAAAUGAUCUGGAGAUCAGUUGCAAAAAUUUACGAGCGGAAAGAGACCUGUUGGAGGUGAAAAAUCACAACCUGACUAUUGACAUGGGCGCGAUACAGGUGGAUGUUGACAAACUGAAGAAAAUCACCCCAGCGAGGAAGUGCUCCAGUGGCUGGACAGGCUUUCAGUACAGCUGCUACUUCACCUCUUCUGGCAAAAGCAACUGGACCGCGGCCAGAGAAUACUGUCAAAACAAAGCCGCCGACCUGGCUAUCGUAAAAAGUCAAGACGAAAUGCUCUUCGUCAACGGCCUGUAUUCAAAUGAAAAAGAGGUCUGGAUUGGAUUAACUGAUGGAGGAGUAGAGGGAGAGUGGAAAUGGGUAGAUGGGACACCAUUGACCACCACGUUCUGGGGCAAAGAUCAGCCCAACAGCUUUGACGGGAGGAACCAGGACUGUGUGGAAUUCUGGCACAGAACGGAUGGGAGGGGCACCUGGAAUGAUGAGAAUUGUAACAUAAAACAACAGUUCAUCUGUGAGAAGUAGUUUCCCUGUCUGCCUAUAGUUGUGCUGGCCACUGUUCAAUGGUCCUUAUGUAAGAUAACACAUGUUAUGUGAUCAAUUAUUACCCAAUGAAAGUGAUGAGUAAUUGUAAACUGAAAUUUAGUGGAGGACGUAUUUUAUGCUGGUGCAAACGGUCGUGUUUAGGGAGCUAAGAUUUCCAUUAUAUUUACAUGCUGUUGAAACAAUUAUGUGAGUUUGCUUUACAAUGUGUCCUCUUGCACCGUACGAUGUUGUAGUUUGUGUUUCGUUUUGGCUUCCAGUACAGAGAGUAUUAAGGUUCACACAUAAUCCUACACACUUUGCAUCUAUAUUUUAUGUAAAUCAGCGUUGUACAGUUUAAAUAAAGUAAUUCACUUUGUGCCACUA